AUGGAAUCAUAUAAUCGUGACUGGAUGCUAUGCAAGAAAAAUGACCCCAAGUAUAGAACUGGUGUGAAGAAGUUCUUAGAGUUUGCUUUUACACAAGGAAAAGGAAACCAAGUUGUGCCAUGUCCUUGUGUGAAAUGCAACAAUGAGAGGAGGAAAACCAGGUCGGAAAUAGAAUUAGAUCUGCUAAAGUUUGGGAUUGUUAAGAGUUACACACGUUGGGUACGACAUAGUGAAAGCUUUGAAUGCCAAGUUGAUGCAAAUGCUCUAGAUGACCCGCAUCAAAAUAUAGAGCAUAAUUAUAUGAGUGACAUGUUGUAUGAAGCAUUUGGAAUGGCGACACAAGAAGUAGAUGCUGAGGUUGGAGAAGCUGUGGAUGCAAAGGCUAAUGUUGGUAUUCGAGGAGAUCCAAGUGAAGAAGCCAAAACAUUUUAUAAAUUAAUGGAAGACCUUGAGUUGCUGUUAUAUCCAGGCUGUAAAAACUUUUCAAAGUUGUCCUUUCUGCUUAAGUUAUUUCACAUAAAGUGCUUAGGGGGGAUAACAGAUAAAAGUCUUUCGAUGAUCCUUGAUCUUUUCAAGGAAGCAUUGCCGGAGAAUAACACUUUGCCAGAAUCCUUCUACGAAGCUCAAAAGACGGUGAAGAAGUUGUCUCUUAACUCCAUCAAGAUUGAUGCUUGUCCCAAUAAUUGCAUGUUAUUUUGGAAAGAGCAUGCUAAUGCGGAUGAAUGUAUGAAGUGCCAUGCAUCAAGAUGGAAAAAAAAGGAACAAGGGAAUGGAAAUCCCACUACAGAACCCAAUCCCAAAAAGCUUCCAUGUCAGACAAUGAGGUAUUUCCCUUUAAUACCCAGGCUUCAGAGAAUGUUUAUGUCAUCUAAAACUGCCGCUAGUAUGAGAUGGCAUUCAGAUGAACGUCAGAGUGACGAUGGGGUAAUGACACAUCCAGCCGAUUCAAAAGCUUGGAAAUCAUUUGACGAUAAAUAUCCAUCUUUUGCCUCUGAAACACGAAAUGUUCGCCUUGGUUUAGCAAGUGACAGCUUCAGUCCCUUCAGGAAUGGACAUAUUCCCCAUAAUACAUGGCCAGUGGUUCUAAUACCAUAUAAUUUGCCUCCAUGGCUUUGCAUGAAACAACAUUUUCUGAUUUUGUCCACGCUCAUUCCAGGCCCUAAGGGACCUAAGAAGAAUAUUGAUGUGUAUCUCCAACCUCUAAUUGAGGAACUUAAGUUGCUUUGGAAUGUUGGUGUGGAGACGAAUGUUGGUGUGAAGAAUAUUGAUGUUGACUAUCCUGCUUAUGGUGAUCUCUCUGGAUGGAGUACGGGAGGAGAAAAAGGUUGUUCUACUUGCAACAGUGACACAUCUUCAGAAUGGCUAAGAAAUGGGGGCAAGUACUGUUACAUGUGUCAUCGCCGACUUCUACCCAUUGAUCAUGAAUGGAGGUACGAUGGGGCAUCUUUUGACGGCACACAUGAGAUUAGACCAAAGCCAAAGGAGUUAACAGGUGAGGAAGUGCUUGAACAAUUGGUGGAUGUUGAAUGUGUUACAUCCCUUGAGACUCCUACUAGGAAGAGAAAUCGACGAAAAGAUCAAAAGAACAAAUGCAAAGCAAUAUGGAGAAAAUUGAGCAUUUUCUAUGAGUUGCCGUAUUGGAGUAGUCUUCUAGUGCGUCAUAAUUUAGAUGUGAUGCACAUUCAGAAGAAUGUUUGUGAGACCUUACUUGCUACGUUGCUUGACAUAGAAGGGAAAAGUAAGGACAAUCUGAAUGCACGACAUGAUUUGAAGGAAAUGAAAAUUAGAAAGUCCCAGCAUGGUAAAGAACGAGACGAUGGUAGUUGGGAGAUUCCCCUGGCUCCUUACACGUUAUCCUUUGAGGAAAAAAAGAAGUUAUGUACCUUUCUGACGAGAGUCAAGUUCCCUGAUGGAUAUGCUUCAAAUAUCUCCCGAAAUUCAUUGCUGAGAGAGCGCAAAUUGGCAGGUUUGAAAAGCCAUGACUACCAUGUCAUUAUGGAGCAUCUUCUUCCUCUUGCUAUACGUGAUUGGCCGAAGUCACUGUCCACACCACUUAUUAAAUUGAGUUCAUUUUUAAAGGAGUUGUGCUCUAAGACAUUGAAUGUGAAAGACUUAGAAAUAAUGGACAAGGAAAUAGCCGUCAUCCUAUGUGAGCUAGAAAAGAUUUUCCCACCGGCUUUCUUUGUGAUUAUGAUUCACCUGUCGGUACACCUUACAAAAGAAGCAAUGAUUGCAGGACCCGUUCAAUAUCGUUGGAUGUACCCUAUUGAGAGAUACAUGGAGGAUAUUGAAACACAAUUCAAUAAGGAAGAUAGAGUCUAUGACUGUGAUGAUCAUGGUGAUGUUGAGGAUCGAUUACCCAUUUUUAAGACAAGUGGUCGAGCGAUCGGGAAAGUCACACCUCGAUCAUUAACAACACAAGAAUGGGAGGAUCUCCAUUUUUAUGUGCUCAAUAAUUAUGAAGAAGUGAAGCCAUUCAUUGAGUAA